AAACAGAGAAGUGAAUAAUAUAAGUAUCGAAUAUGUCAAUAAAAAUAACUUUACUUGUUGGAUUUAUUAUUUCAACGGGUUGCAUUUCUUCGGAUGAUGUAAAUGAAGAUUUGUGCGGUAGAAUCGAUCUGGAUGGACCAGUCCAGGCCAUUCAAUACAAAUUAGAAAAUCUCUACACUGGAACAGAAAAAGAAACAGAUUCCAGUGUAAAAGAAAUCAAAUCAAAUUUUGAAGAUCUUUCUUUAAAAGCUGAUAAAAUAUCGGAUGAUUGUGAACGGAAGACUCCUAAACUCCUUGGUUUUAUCAACCAGAUGAACCAGGCCAAACAAUGCAUAGAAGCUUUAUCGAAAAGAAAUCAGGCGGAGGCCCAAACUGAAUGUCAAUCUGUACACGAUGAAGCUAAACUUAAUUUUGUAGUUCGUUCUGUAGCUAAUAAUGCCGAAGGCUAUGAAGAAAUUCUCGAAUGUGCUCAUACAUUUACAGAUUUAGUGCAAAGAGUGAAGAUUUAUAGAGCUAUACUUCGGGAAUGGGAUAAAGGAGAUGAAAAUACAAACAGGAAAUUUUUUGUUACCGUACAGUAUUUGAUUAAAGAGAAAAAUGCACCAGUGAGAGACCUACGCGAUAUUUUAAAAACCAUUGCUGUACGUUCGAUCUUAGAUAAAAAUUUGAAAUUCACAAAUUCUACCUUGAUGAAUGAAUUAUUCGAUUACGACUAUAUAAUUGCAAUUGCAGUAGUUGAUGAACUUAUGACCAAACUUUACAACCAAAACAAACAUACUGCUAAACACUUGCUCUAUCUUCCAUCCAUUCCAAGCAGGGUUGCUGCCUCAAUAUCCUUCUACAACAAAACCAAAGAAAACAUAGACAAUGAUUUAUCCAAGAAAUUAUUCCAAAUAAUGUACGUCACCAGACUACAUCCUGAUUUUGGUAAAGUCGAUCAAAAAUCGAAGCAGCUUUUAGGCGGCAUUAUGAAAAACUUAACCAAAGAUAUGCCAAAUUUAAAAGGAUUCGGCGAGGUAUGCUUCGAUACUCAAGACACAAAAAUUGAUGAAAAUGAUAAUAAGACUGAACAAAUAUUUGUAAAAUCUGCAUCUAAAAAUGACAACUUGCAUGACUGGCAGUUCACUCCGGAUGAAAAGGGAAGUAUAUUACAAAUUAGUUUUCCAGGAGAGCCAUCGACAUUAAUUUUUGUUAAUAAAAAUGACUAUCCACCAUUCGAAGAAGCACCUUCCUUCUUUAGUUCAAACAACGUAUCAGGUAAUUGGGAAAGGUUGAAUGCUGAUGACAUUUGUUCUAAAACUGAUUACAGAGACUUCAUAUGCUUUGAUGGUAAUAACUUUCUGAGUCCUGAUGCAUUUGAUAACGAAAAAAUUAAAGAACGAAAAUUAACUUACAAGGCAAGGAAAAACGAUAGAGAAACUAUGUGUCCCAAAAUAUAGGAAAA